AUGGCCACCGCGGCCCAUGUCGAGCUAGAUCCUGCCCAGUCAGGUAUCUACCAUGUCCCGAGUAUCUCUCGACAAUCACGCGAGACAGGGAGCAAACUGCUCCAGGAGAACCAUGAGCGGUUUCAUAUUAUCUUCAACAAUGCAGGAUUCCACAAUCACAUUGCCCAUCACCUCUUAACGAUACACGCCCUUGGCGCCACACCAGAAGAACUACGACGUGCUUUUGAUUCCAACACAGGCUAUCAACGAAAGCUUCCCCCAACUAACGAGCCGAUUGUGCAACAGAUGUCUCAGACUGAUAGAUUCAAGGACUAUCUGGGGAAACGGCGAUACUUCCAUGACUACGAAGUCUUCUUUCGAAACGAAAUCGAGCAGAAAGGGUGGGAAACGGUGCUCAAUGAACACGUGUUUGCUCGGACUGAGCACUCCGAGAGGAUGCUGGUCCACAUGUUUGCAGGCCUCUUGCAUCCAUUGAUCCACUUGGGUUUUGGGGUGGAAUUCAAGCAGCCGGCCAUAAUCGUCGAAGCUCUGGCACAAGCAGCCAUCCAAGACGGCUCGCUUGGUAAAUUCCUCUAUGCAGCUGAAGAGUCCGCCCGCCAAAACCAGUCAUCCAAGAGUCUGGUCCAAUUGAUACGCGAGUGUCGUGCGAAUAAGAAGCUCAGGGACUCUCCCCAUGCCGAAGACAGCGACAAGCUCCUCCAUGGGGUAUUCGCCCGAGCCCCUGAAGAGAUGAUAGAUAUUGCUUCUCAGUGGACCGUGAAACCGGAACAACUCCAGCAGAAGACCGCGGAGAUGAUCAAUGCUGCUGCAUAUUUUGCGGCUGGAGCUCAGCGCCCCGGCAAACAGGUCAAGUUUGACUUCCUCUAUAUGCAUUGUGUCAACUGCUCCAUCUUCUUUUCGGCAUUCUUGAACGAGCCAUGGUUGAGUGUCGAGAACAAGUGCAGGCUUCUGGAAUGGAAAGGUCGCCUUGAUCUGGCCUCGUACGUCUCAAGAGGAAGUCCGGAAUUGUUUGCAGAAGAGAUCAUGUACUAUAAACCACGGCGUCCCCGUGACGGAUGGGCCGAGAUUUCUCGCCGAGCUGUCGAGUUCCCUGAUGACGGACACGCUAGCAAACUGGUGAGAGCUCUCGCCAACGGGGCAGCGGUUUGCAAGCCGUACGAAGGGCAGUCUGAAGAUGUCUUUGUUAUUCAGGGGGAUGAGGUAUGGUUGAAACUGGGGCACAUGGCAAUUGAUUCAGUCGAAGCCGGCACUCCGCACUGGAUCUUCGAUACUGGCUUUGACCAAGCUUGGGCGGGUGUACCUCAACGGGCACGACUAUGA